AUGUCGCGCCGUAAGCAGAAGCGACCGCAGCAGCUAGUGAACGCGGAUCCGGGAGGCGCGCUCCUGCCAUCCUGUCAAGAUGAUCAGUUUUCAGUGAAGUCGCCUUCAAACUCUCUGGCUUCAGAACCUACCUCAUCCUCUUCAUCCUCUCCUUCCCCUGCUCCCCUCCAAGACUGUCAGCCACCCUUGGCCCCAAGACCAUCACCUGGUGGCCUGCAUGCCCCUUCCCUUCCCAGUGAGAGCUCAUCUCCUCCCCACUGGCCCAACCAUAUAGUCCCCUACAACACGUCUCUUCCAAAUACCCAUUCUUCCCUCUCCCCGGAUUUUCCACAUCCAUCCCUGUCUUCCCAGACUCAAUCUCCCUCUCCCGUCCAACAGAAUUCUGCCCACAUCCCUGUACAUCAACCCCAUUCCACCAUAUCCUCUCCUCAGAUGGGUAUCUCAGCCACAACCACUACUUCAACAACCUCAUCAUCAUCAUCAUCUCUUAAUUCCAUUCCACACCCAAGAAGCCCUGGUUCUGUCCAACAAGCCCCUUCCAGUCCACCAGAGGAAGUACAAGUGCCUUCUACCCUAGCUGUGCUCUUAGAAGAACUUAGGGUCUUGCAACAAAGGCAGAUACACCAGAUGCAGAUGACUGAGGAAAUAUGUAGACAGGUGCUGCGUUUGGGUGGAGUAGUCAGCAACCAGGAUACAGCUUCUCUGGAAAACCAACAGAGAGCCUCGGGACCUCUGUCUCCACCUCUAUCCACAUCAGGUCCUUCUCAAUCAAUAGGACCUCCUAUACCCUCCUCUAUCACAACACUAAUUCCACAGUCUGUUGGUUCAAAAUCCAACAUAUCUCAUACUAAUGUACCUAGAGACACAUAUUCGUCUGCAUCAUCCACACCCUCCUCUUCCUCCUCCUCGCUGGUGUCAUCUGGAGCCUCUAUGCACCCUCUUUCUCUGUCAUUGGGUUUUCCCCGUUACCUCCAUGAGAAAUCCUCUAACACCUCUUUAAGUCAUGCCAAUACUAUUAGUUUUCCCACACCUCCUCUGCUUACUACAGGCACCCAGGAGCAGCUGUCAGUCAGCUCUGGUGUGGGAUCUUCAAGUGGGUCAUCUUCCAUGGGGCGUCAGCAGCAUGUCUGUCGAUUUUGUGGAAAAGUUCUGAGCAGUGACUCCUCCUUACAAAUUCACCUGAGAUCCCACACAGGUGAAAGGCCAUACCAGUGUCCUGUUUGUCUUAGUCGCUUCACUACACGCGGGAACCUCAAGGCUCACUUUCUGCGCCACCGUGAACAGAACCCGGAGCUGUCACUUUCCCUACUCCCGCCUGCUCUUUCAGAGCAAUGCCAAUCAGGACCUGGUUCUGGAAUAGGACAGAGACGCAGAAAACGUCGUGCAGAUGAAGAUGAGCCUUUUGCGGUUAAAGGCGCUGUGGGUGUGCCUGAUGGGUUGGCACUUGGUUUUUUAUCUGGAUCAUCAUCUCAUAUGUCUGCUUCCUCACUGCCACUCCCUCCCUCUGUAGAUCUAGCUCUGUUGUCCACUGCCCAUUCCCUGCUACAGCUCAAUCAUGCUUCAGCAGUGACCUCUGGUUCACCUAGUAUUUUAUCUUCUGCAUCUACCACCUCUUCAUCUUCCUCUGCAAUAACAAGCCAACUCAAGAGUUCAAAGCAGCAGAGAUUUGAUGAAAACACCCCUCCACAUUCUGCCCUACAUCCCACUUCUCCAUAUUCCCAGCUAGCUCACCUUCCAAAAAUACUAUUUCCCACUGGUCCUUCUCCCCACCAUGCUGGCUUGACCCUCCUUCGGCCUCCCCAUCUUUCAUCACCUCAUCCCCAGCUCACCUUCCCUUUUUCCCCCUACCUCAAACACCAGACCUCUUCUCCAUCCUCCUCCUCUCCAUCUGCAUCAACCGGUACCUCUGAUACCUCUAAGCUUCAGAGGCUGGCACAGAAGCUAGAGAAGCAGCCUCCAACAAAAACCUUGACCGAAGAUGGAAGCACCCAGCCCAGUGAUGUUUCUACCACCUCAAGCACAAAUUCUAUCUCUGAAUACAGAAGAGAGAUAAUGACAGCAUUAGGUUUAAAUCCUAAUCCCAGCAGUGAAAUUAGCACCAAUAUCAUCUCUGGAUCAAUUCCUUCUUUGCCUUCACUGGUCCCAAACCAGUGUGGAGUGUGCCUGCGUGUCCUUAGUUGUCCCAGGGCACUGCGUCUCCACCAGGCUACACAUUUAGGUGAGCGUCCCUUCCCCUGCAAGCUUUGUGGCCGCUCCUUCUCCACUAAAGGAAGUCUAAGGGCUCAUCUUGCCACGCACAGAGCGCGCCCACCGAACACACGCACACAGAAUUCCUGUCCACUCUGCCAGCGUAAAUUUACCAAUGCUGUGGUGCUACAACAUCACAUUCGGAUGCAUCUAGGGGGUCAGUUGCCUCCAGAGGGGAAUGAAGAUCUGGUCCCGGGGGAAGAAGUUGAUCAAAUCGAUAGUGUUACUCUGCCAAAGGCCAUCCAGUCUCUUCCUCUUAACAUGAGUACCAAUGUAACUUCCUCUAUUGCUGGAACACUUCAGUCAAGCAUUGCUUCAGAAGUUAGCACAUCACCAGGUACAGACCAACCAAUGGAGACAGACAAAAAUGCAUGUGACACACCUGAUAAGGAGCAAGUUCUUAGCAAGCAAGACCACACAAGCCCAUCCACCAAGGAUAUCAUGUCCGCUAACUCUUCCUCAUUAGAAGAUGACCCUAAUAGUGAUGGUCGCCACAGUGUUGUUGGUGCUUAUGCCCUCACUGCUUUCAAAUCUCAGCACAAGUUUCAGAUGAAUGAUAUUGUAAAUAGCACUAGGGAAAGUGAUGAGAACACUCCAUUGUCCCUCUGUACCAGGUCCAGUUCUCAGGACAUUUUGCCUAACAGCAGAGAUUUCUUUGGACCAUCUCACCAUACAGUGAUCAGUGACCCAAAAUCCAACCUACAGUCAGCAGCUCUUGAUCUGUCACCUGCACUCACACCACCCUCUAGCCCAUCUCAACAGCUUAAACCAGAACUUAAAGCUUCACAGAAAUCUACCCCUCCGAAUGGAACUGGUCUGGAGCCUAAACAAAGCAAAGAAGAUUUCCUUUCAGUUGCAAAAAGUGAAUCUAAUGCAUCUAUUGUAGAAGAAGAGGAGGGUGGGAACAUGAAACCUGUGGAUGCUCAGAAGUCUAAUAGGGAUGAAGGGGUUAACAAACUCACAGAGAUGAACAAUGAAAGUUGGGUUGAAGAUGAAAAGGAGAUUGUGAAGAGCAAACCAGAUAUCCCAGUAAUUCCUCCACAUCCCCCUCGUUCUGAAAAACCCUACAGCUGUACACAGUGUGGCAAGGAGUACACUAGCCGUAGCGGACUAAAGGGGCACAUGAAGACUCACAGUGGAGGGAUGAGCAGCGGGAUGAAUGCUUCAGUUGUUGCUACACAGUCUUUAGAGGGAAAUAAUAAAGACUCUAUAGAAGCAAAUCCUUGUCAACCAGGUGGGAACCUGCAAGAUGGCGUUAAAAAUGAUAUGGAAAAGAGUUCUGAAAAACUGUCUUCAACAGAGACUACACUGACAGAUGGUGAGGAGCCUGAGAACAGGGCCUAAGAUGGAAUAGAAAUGUUUGUUUUCCAAUUUUUAAUCAGAUGUUUUUUCUAUUUUUGUGUUAGAUGUAGCACAAAUCUGUGACACUGUAGAAUAAUAGUCUGUUAACCUACUAUUUUAGUGCCUUUGUUUAAGGGCAGUGUUGAUGCACUCAAAAGUAAGUCCAUAUCGGAUAUCAGUAUAAAGGUUGUUGAUCACAAUUUGGUAGUAUUUGUCUGAUCUAAAUUCUGCUGGACAAUUUGAUGUUUUCUAGCAUUAGUUCAAAGGCAACAAAUUGAAGACAAAAUAUUUUACUUAAAAUUUGAUUGCUUUUCAUAGCACAUCAUACCAAAUCUGGGCUGAUAUUUUAUGUAUUUUUGCAUAAAACUUGAUCUACUACUACUACUACUUGAUCUACACUUUCUAUAGUCAAAUUGGAAUAUAUUGAAUUAGGUCUGAUAGCCUCUCUUUUCCAGGAUCUCAUCAUGUCUGUGAUUAUUUGAUGAAUAGAAUAAUUUUUAAAGUACAUGUUACUCUCAAAUUUCACUAGUGUUACAAUUAAUAUAGGUGCAUGUAUACACAAUAAUUUACCGAAAUGAUAAUGAAGUUCUACCAAGGCUUGGUUAAUUAUGAGAACAUGAGUAAAAUUAUGGCAAAAAAUUCCAUACAAUGCUUAUAAAUUUUAAAAACAUUACAUAUGCUGUAUCUGCAAGCAUUCUGAUUUUAUUAACUGGUCAGUUUACCUUUGAUUUGUUUGUAUGUUUUACCUGAUCAUUUACUGCCCUUUUUGAGUUACUCAAGAAGAGUUUUGUCCUUUGUUAGUGCAUUGCACUAAAGCCUGUUCAGCCAUGUUAGCUUUUAAUGGUGUGUUCAUAAACUGUUGUUUCUAUUUUGUAGGAAUAAAAGCCGAAUGAAAGUAAUGUCAUUCAGACAAAUACCUGAGUGGGAUAUUUUAUGUUUGUAUGAAGUUGAAUUCAAACUUUUCAAGCAUUGCCAUC